UGGGGACGGGGCUGUUCCCGGGGAGGCUGUGAUGGGUUGACAGGUGCGUGACAGUGGGAGCUGCUCUCGGCACAAGCAUGUACGGCAAAGGCAAGAGUAACAGCAGCGCCGUCCCGUCCGACAGCCAGGCCCGGGAGAAGUUAGCACUCUACGUAUAUGAGUAUCUGCUCCAUGUAGGAGCUCAGAAAUCGGCCCAAACAUUUUUAUCAGAGAUAAGAUGGGAAAAGAACAUCACAUUGGGGGAGCCACCAGGAUUCUUACAUUCUUGGUGGUGUGUAUUUUGGGAUCUCUACUGUGCAGCUCCAGAAAGACGGGAAACAUGUGAACAUUCAAGUGAAGCAAAAGCCUUCCAUGAUUACAGUGCUGCAGCAGCUCCCAGUCCAGUGCUAGGAAACAUUCCCCCAGGAGAUGGCAUGCCAGUAGGCCCUGUACCACCAGGGUUCUUUCAGCCUUUUAUGUCACCUCGAUACCCUGGAGGUCCAAGGCCCCCGUUGAGGAUACCUAACCAGGCACUUGGAGGUGUCCCAGGAAGUCAGCCAUUACUUCCCAGUGGAAUGGACCCAACUCGACAACAAGGUCAUCCAAAUAUGGGUGGGCCAAUGCAGAGAAUGACUCCUCCAAGAGGAAUGGUGCCCUUAGGACCACAGUCUGACCCUUGGUUAUCAUUACAGAACUAUGGAGGUGCAAUGAGACCCCCACUGAAUGCUUUAGGUGGCCCUGGAAUGCCUGGAAUGAACAUGGGCCCAGGUGGUGGUAGACCUUGGCCAAACCCAACAAAUGCCAAUUCAAUACCAUACUCCUCAGCAUCUCCUGGGAAUUAUGUAGGUCCUCCUGGAGGUGGAGGGCCACCAGGAACACCCAUCAUGCCUAGUCCAGCAGAUUCAACCAACUCUGGAGACAACAUGUAUACUUUAAUGAAUGCAGUACCUCCAGGACCUAACAGGCCUAAUUUUCCAAUGGGCCCUGGGUCAGAUGGCCCUAUGGGUGGAUUAGGAGGAAUGGAGUCACAUCACAUGAAUGGCUCUUUAGGCUCAGGAGAUAUGGACAGUAUUUCCAAGAAUUCUCCCAAUAAUAUGAGCCUGAGUAAUCAGCCGGGCACUCCAAGGGAUGAUGGUGAAAUGGGGGGAAAUUUCUUAAAUCCUUUUCAGAGUGAGAGUUACUCCCCUAGCAUGACAAUGAGUGUGUGAUCCAUUACCAAGUCUCCUCAUGGAAACCACAGUGAGUCAGCCCUUCACAGAACUACUACGGAAGAAAAUUAUUCAUCACAGUGUACAGUUAAACAAAGGAAUCUCAGUCACACCAAACCAACCUUUUUAUUUCCUGCUCUCUCCCCUAUUUUGUGAAGAAAGCGGGUCCAAACGUGAUUCGAACAACUGUACGGAGCGGCGCAUUAGAAUUGCCCUCAACUGAACUGCAAAUGAUUAUCUGUGUAUGUAUAUGUGUGGGAAAGAGAAUGUAUUGUAUGUGUGUAUGUUACAUGGACACACGCACAUGCAUACAUUGACCCACAGGACAUUGUAAAAUAACUAUCACAUGACAUCUUACGUAGAAAUGAGUAGGGACUUUUAUUCCAUCCUUUUUUUCACGUUUACAUUUUAAUUAUUAAAAGUUGCUCCUGCCCCUCCCUGAACUAUUUUGUGCUGUGUAUAUCACUGCUUUAUAUAAGUUAUUUUUUAAGGUGAACUCAGAUGUUAUGGUUUUGUAAAUGUCUGCAAUCAUGGAUAGGAAUAAAAUCGCUUAUUUGAGAGCUUUCAUUAAAUCGCGUGUGAUGCAAGUUAUCCUGUGAAUGACAACGUGUACUAAGAAAAGAAGUGUGUCUUCAUCUUUAUGUCAAAUCAAACAAU